AUGAAAGACGGACAUUGUAAAAAAAGGUAUCCCAAACAGUUCUUGGAUGAAACACGUCAAGGCACUGACUCAUAUCCCGAGUAUAGGAUAAGGUUUGAUGAGUCUGUAUCGUUAGGUAAAGAUAGGUCUGUCGAUAAUAGAUGGGUGGUUCCUUAUAACCCUUGGUUACUGUUAAAGUAUGACUGUCACAUCAAUGUAGAGAUUUGCAGUAGCAUUAAAAGUAUCAAGUAUCUAUACAAAUAUGUGUACAAGGGCCCUGAUCGUGUGGCUAUGGAGGUUCAUAAAGGAUCAUACAUGGAUGAAGUUCAGCAAUAUGUUGAUGCAAGAUGGAUUUGUGCUCCCGAGGCAUUUUGGGAAAUAUUUCGAUUCACUCUUUACCGAUUAUAUCCUUCGGUUGAAAGAUUGCAGAUCCACUUGCCGAACCGCCAUCAAGUGCGCUUUUAUGAUCAUCAGCAAAUUGCAGAUGUGUUAAAUAAUGAACGCAACUCCAAAACAAUGCUCACACAAUUCUUUGCAUUGAAUCUACGAGAUCCACAAGCAAGAAAGUAUCUGUAUAGAGAGAUUCUAGAGCAUUAUUGUUGGAACAAGCGGGAUAUGGAAUGGCAUCGUAGGCGAUCAACAAGAAAAGUUAUCGGGAGAAUCUAUACGGUAUCACCUUCGGAGGGAGAUAAGUUUUACUUGCGACUGUUGUUAUCGCAUGUCAUAGGUCCAACCAGUUGGGAAUAUCUUCUUACAAAUAAUGGCAUGACUUUCAGUACAUUCAAAAAAUCAACCGAGGAUAGGGGAUUUCUUGAGACUGAUCAUAGUAUUCGUGAUUGUUUGGUUGAGGCUACGAGUCUCCGAAUGCCAUAUGCUUUACGAAGGUUAUUCGUGACGAUUUUAAUAUUUUGUGAACCUACUGAUGUUAGAGGCCUUUGGAAUGAGUUUUUUACACAUAUGGUAGAGGAUUAUCAAACAGCUAACAAUGUUGUGGAAUCAAACUUAACUAAUAUGUUGUUGAAGGACUUGAAUGAACUCUUAAACCUGCACGGUAAAAAGAUUGAUCAUUAUGAUCUCCCAUCUUUACCCCCUAAUACAAUAGACAGAGGUGCAGUUCCAAGUAUCAUACAAGAGGAGUUAGCGAUCGAUUUCCCCAAUGAAGAUAUUGAAUCUAUUGCUAAGUUAAAUAAUGAUCAAAUGAUUGCAUUCAACACCAUUAUGAAUGUAAUUGUUCAAAAACACAGUGGGGUAUUUUUUGUUGAUGGUCCAGGAGGAACAGGUAAAACAUUCCUUUAUAGAACAUUAAUGGCAAGUUUAAGAAGUAGAGGAGAAAUUGUCUUAGCAACUGCAUCAUCUGGUAUAGCUGCAACAUUGUUACCCGGUGGUAGGACUGCACACUCUCGAUUUAAGAUACCUAUUGAUAUUCAACCAAGUUCCAUUUGUGGUAUUGAAAAGCAAAAGGAUCUUGCAGAUCUCAUUAGAGUUGCUGCCGCAAUAAUUUGGGAUGAAGCACCAAUGACAAGCAAAAAUUGUUUGGAAGCCUUAGAUCGAUCAUUACAAGACAUUUGUAGCAACAGUGCUCCAUUUGGUGGAAAAGUUCUGAUCAUGGGGGGGAUUUUCGUCAAGUUCUUCCUGUUGUAA